CUAGAUAAACAGUGAAACACAGUGACACAACAUGGAUUUACAGGCCCUCGGUGAUAUUCUGUAUGCCUUGUUUGAAUUCUCCAUGCUUUCAACCUUCGGCAUAUUUAUUUUAUGUGUCAGUCAAACCCUCGACUUGUUCAGGAAAUCACAAGGUCCCCUCCACACAACAAGUCACAGAUGGAAGGUAGCAGUGAUCAUUGGUGCCAUCGCAGUCUUAUUGUGCGGAUGUUGCGUCCUCGUUACUAACCAACAAGUAAACAUCGCAAAAGAAGAGUUGGAGCUACAAUACAACAAGAGCUGCUAUGAUAAUGAACCAAAUUCUAGCUCUAUUUGGUUCGCUUUAGAGAAGAAGAUAACUGAUAAUUUAAGCCUUGUCAUUGAUGAAAAAGACUUUACUGAAGAGGGACAUAGGAGAAUACUAACAGAAAUUGAUGGCCUUCCUAAAUUUAUCAAAAUGUUACAGGAUUUGGAAAACGACGUAACAGACGUUGUUAAGAACAAUUCCAAACAAACUAACGAUCUUGUAGCCUUGGAUAAUGCCAUGAAAGAUUUUUUCAACCUAACUAUUAGUACAACAGAGCAGUUAUCGACAGUUGGUGAUGUUCAAUUACUGAACAAGUGUAGUGUCGAUGACACUAAUUUGAAUACAUCCUUUUUCUCAAGCACAGUUGAUAGCUUACCUAUCUUGAAUGAAAAGCUAAAAAACAGGGCAUCAGCUAUCAGUGAUAAAAGAAAACGUUUAGUGAAUUUUAGCAUAUGGUUUGAUGCAAUAUUGAAAAGACAUUUAAAAGAACUUGUAACAAAUGUACAGAAGAGAUUCAUUUGGAACGCAACAUUAAAGAUAACUAGUUUACAGAAUCAAUCUGAAAAUCAUAUUUUGAAUUCAAGAACUGAAAUUAGAAAAGGCUUGAAACAUGCAACUGAUAGUGAGUUCAAAAGGUGGGCAGGUGGUCUAUGUUUAGGAUGCUGUGUCGUAACUCUUGCAAUUAUACUUGCGAUACUGAUAUAUCAGGUGCCAAAAAACACAGGAAAUAGAUCCAGCUCUGUCCAAGGAAGACAUGUGAUCAAAACGAGAUCAUCUAUAAUGCUUAUCUGUGGGUUUACCCUACUUUGGACUGCCUUGGUUGUUUUGGUAACAAAAGCACCCGCUGGAAGAAUUUGCGUGGCUAACACAGACCAGAUGCACACGGCCUCUGACCAAUUUAUGAAUGGCACAGCUGAUUCUCUAAUAUUCGAUUCAAAAGAUGAAGAAUCAAUGCUGAACGAAACAGAUGCGCUUUUAUCUCUUUUAGGCAUUCACAUGAAAUUUCAUUUACAAAAGGAGCACCAAUUUCCUGAAUCGAAUCUUAUACAAAGUUCUGUACAAAACCUGAAUAACUACAUAAUGUUUUAUGAAACAACUUUAAGAAAUGCUACGAAAUGUUUUGAUGACCUCAGACUUUUUAUUAGCAAUAAACCGUCAAAUGCAUUUAUGGUGAAAAAGCUUGAUGAUUUAGUACUUCACAUCUUUGACUUGAAAAUCAAACUCAAUAUGUCGACUAAAAUUUUAAAGAAAUUCAAGAAAGAGAACUAUCUGCUAACAUCAAAUUUCUUGGUGAUAAAUGCAAAGAGCAAGGAAAUGAUGGAUAAAGAAAAAUUAAUGGAAAUGGUCCUAAGAGCCUUUAAAACUUUUAAAAAUGAAUCGGAAACAACUUGGCACAGGGCACUUUCUGAAUGUGUAACUAAUGUAACAGAAACAGACUCAAAACUAACAGCGAGAAGUGUUUGUGACAUAGCAAACAGAUUAUUUUGUAUCAACUUAUUAACUAAAUGUCAAUGGUGGAUCAUUAUUUCUGUGACAACCGCUGCUGCUUCUGCUAUUGUUUUCCUGUUAAAAGAGCUCUGGGUCUCUCCCCAAGAAUAGUGUAGGCCUGCUAUGAGAUUAAUCACCUGAUAAGAGCACAGUUUUGGCAAAUGUACAGUAUUUGGAAGAUGCUGGAAGCUUUCAUGUUACAUCAAACAGUGCCAGUUUUAUAAGACCUUGAUCAAUUUAAGAAAAGCCAUGACCAAUGUAGGACAAAAAAACAACUAAACAUCCAAAGGAAGACAACUGUUUAUGCCAAGGAUUUUUUUAUUAAAACUAUUUUUAAGUUGAAAAUUUUAUUGUAUUUUAUAUAGAAUUGUUCAGAUGGCUAUAUAUUCUUAAAUUUAGCUUUGAACAGCAUACCUUUAGUAAAUAUCCAUUUUGUACACCCUACAAAAGUUAAAAGCUCAUCAUAUAGACAGUGGCGUAACAGAAAUGCAGGGGCAGAUGGACAAUAAAAACGGGGGACCGUUACCCUUGUAGAGUAUUAGGCUUUUGAGAUGUACAGAUAAGGUGCAGUAUAUAUACAUAAAGAUAUAUACAUAUAUAUAUAUAUUAAUAUUUUUUAAUUUAUACACACACAUGUUGCAUAACCCUGCUUUGCUAGGUUAUAAAAAAUAAUUAAAAGUGCAUUUUGAAAUACAAAAGAGAACAAAACACAGAACCUAGCACAAAAAAAAUACAAAACACAACAGGACAAAGCACAAUAACGCUAAUCACAAAAAAAUAAUAUAAUCUAUUUUUUAAUUCUUGUUUAAUAUUUUUCACUUAUGAAAUACUAAAAAAAUUAAGGUCUGCUAUCAAAAGUAAGGGAAAUAAUUGCUCUCUUUAAAAUAUUUCUGUCCAGAUAUAUAACGACAUAUUUUAAAUUGUACUUUUCUUUAAAUAAACUUAUAAUACAACAUGUAGAAAAGCUGCAAUAUAUUUUACCAAAUAUUUUAAUAUUCAAAAAUUAAUAUAUUAUUUUAAUAUUAGCUGUAUUUUUAAACCAUGAUUCAGUUUUAUGUAAAAAGAGUUUAUAUAUCCUUACUGAACAUGUUUCUUUACAAAAAAGUAUUUGACUCUCUUACUGUAAGACAUACAACAAAUCAAUUUAACAAAAUUCAACUAGCAACACCACUAAUACAUAUUGAGUUUCAAAUGAUCAUCUUGUAUGCAUUAACAUCUGCUUCAAGAUAUUUAUUUCCCAAGAUAUGAGCUAGAUCACAUACUACUAAUUUAAAAAUAAUGUUUAGAGAACAUCUCCCCCAGAUAUUUAUUUACUUUAAAAGCUCAGGGCCCCUUGACCUCUGUGUCCACUUGGUUAAAAGAUUGUUACAAUACUACAGCAUACAGAAGCAUUAAUUGUCUUUCUUUGAGUUCACACUUAUUAUUAAAAUUGAAUUAUAAACAUGAUGUUUUUUCAUUUAAAAUAUAUUAUGGGUUUUAGAAAAAUACAUCAGAAUCAUUUUAUCUAUCUUUUAGUUAGUUUCAAAGAAUAUGUUUUACAUCUGAGCUCAAGAUUUUGUCUUAAAACAGUGGUGAACACUCUUUUCCAGACCUUAGUUUAUGUUCUUUGGGAAUGUACUUUUGUUAGUUUAAUAAACAAUAGAACAUAGUUCUACAGCCUCAAAAUUGUUGAUCUUACUAGCACAUCUAUUAUUUGUUUUUAUUACUAGUGAAUGAGCCUUUGAUGUUACUGAAUUAUUAUUUUUUUUUGGCUCAUCAACUUCUGGAGUUGUUCACUCAUCAGUUUUUAGUUUUACUGGCUAUUCAAAUUUUUGUAUUACCAAUAAAUCAAAGUUCUUGAGAUCAAAUUAUUGUACAUUUUACUAAGCAAAGCCAAUGUUAAAUUUGGAAAUUUUCUUCUGAUAAAGUUUAAGACAAUUAUUAGAAACAUUUAUUUCAAUAAUUCUAUUUUAAGGAUUUUAUUUUUGUAAUUUUAGAAAAUCUAUUAUAAGUUAAUCGAGGUUAAGUAUUGGGUUUAAUACAGACAUUUCAAAUGCUACUGUUUUCUUCAAUGACUAAAAGUUACAUUCUACUGAGCUCAACCAAAUGUAUAUUGUUUUUUUUUAAAUAAGCAAAGCACAAUGAGAAUACUGACAUUUUUUGACUGUUUGCUUAAUAGACUGUUACUUAAAAAAAACCUUGCAAAACGCAAGCUAAAAUAAAAACAAUCAUUAAAUGUAUGAAAUUUUUAAUUUUAAUUAGGCAAAACUAAAUUAGUUUGCAUGGUAGCAUCUUUAUUAUUUAUUAUGUAUCAAAACUCUGUUGUUGUUUGUUUUGCUUUUUAUUGAAAAGUUUUUAAAAAAUUUCAUAAUAAUAAUAUAUA